UCCGGUGUUAAUAGAAUAUUUCUGGUUCUGUUCCGUGCCUUCAUUUGUUUGUUCUAUUUAUAUUAGUGUUAUCAUCGUUGCUAUUUGUUUAUUUAUUUAUUUCCCUGCUUGGGAAGUUGUUUGCUCUUAUUUGGUCAGUCAACCUUGGCUCCACCAAUAAGAUGGGGAAUCGACACAAACUUAACUUUCUGAUGAACUGAGAGAACAACUUUAUUUUUUAGAUUCUUUUCCCAAAGAAAAAAGAAAAAAAAAAGACCCAUUUAUCUUCUUCGAAGUUUCACGUUCUGUAUUGGCCAAGUAUCAUUGAAUUUCACAGUUUCUGAAGGGUUUCUGAGUCAACUCUCAGGUCGUUCAUCAUAGCCUCUGAUCCUCGGUUUUGCUGCAGAAAGUCAAGGCCUGCUUCAUAAGUAAUCUUUGUCCUUUCUCUCUUUUUAGUUUUUCUCAAUCUUUUGAGGUUUCAAGCUCAAAUGUUUAUCAAAAGGGCUUGUUUGAAUCCAAAUCAUAUGAUGUUUGCAUUGGUUCAGAAGAAGAAAAGUAUGGAUUUUCAUGGUGUUUUAGCAAGUGGGUAAUUGUCAAGAUUAAGUUCUGAGUUGGGUUUUAGCUCCUUUUGUGAUUCUUGUAUUAUUUAUGGGAUUUCUUGAACUUGGAUAGUGUUUUAAGUUCAACAAUUUGGGUCAAGCUAAAAGUUGUGCUUUAUCUAUGGAAACUUGAGAUGGAUUUCUUCACAACUGAAUAAGACUUAUUUUGUUUUUGAGUUAUGGAUAAUCUCAAUGAACUCUCAUCAUCCUUGAGCUUUGCCUCAUCAUCCUAUAUAUCAAACGGUUCAAGUAGCCACAAUGUAUUUGCCUCAGCCAGUUCUGAACCUGGGCAAAAUCUUGAUAAUCUGAGCCUGAGCAAACUCAGCAGCAAUCUUGAGAAGCUCUUGAUUGAUGCUGAGUUUGCUGACUAUACCGAUGCGGAGAUUGUUGUUGAGGGGGUCCCGGUGGGGGUGCACCGGUGCAUAUUGGCGUCCCGGAGCCAGUUCUUUCAUGAGCUUUUGAGGAAAGGGAAUCCAGAUUCGGUGAAAGAAGGGAAGCCAAGGUAUCUCAUGUCUGAUUUGGUGCCUUAUGGGAAGGUUGGGCGUGAGGCUUUUGAUGUUGUCUUGAACUAUUUGUAUACUGGAACCGGAAAGCUUAAGGCUUCACCACCAGAGAUAUCAACAUGUGUGGAUGAGAAUUGUGCUCAUGAUGCUUGCCCACCAGCCAUUAACUACGCUGUGGAGUUGAUGUAUGCUUCUGCAACUUUUCAAAUGAAGGAGCUAGUCUUGCUUGUUCAGCGCCGGCUUUUAAACUUUGUCGAGAAAGCUUUGGCAGAAGAUGUAAUUCCGAUUCUCGUGGUUGCCUAUCACUGCCAACUUAGCCAUCUGCUCUCACACUGCAUCCAGAGGUCUGCAAAGUCGAAUCUUGACGAUGUGGCUCUAGAGAAAGCGCUUCCUUAUGAAGUUUCAAAGGAGAUCAAAUUAUUCCGUCAAAAAUCUCAGCAGGAGGACGACGAAUCUAACAUGAUGGGGGAAACAGUACAAGUGCAGGACAAGAGAGUUGGAAGAAUCCACAAAGCAUUGGACUCUGAUGACGUCGAGCUAGUGAAGCUUCUUCUUAAUGAAUCCGAUAUUACCCUUGAUGACGCUUAUGCUCUCCACUAUGUUGUCGCGUACUGUGAUCCUAAGGUUGUCAAGGAGGUUCUUGGUCUAAACUUGGCUAACAUCAAUCUUCAAAACUCCCGAGGGCAUACUGUGCUUCAUGUGGCUGCAAGGCGGAAGGAGCCAUCGGUGAUAGUUGCACUUUUGGAUCGAGGAGCUUCUGCUGUAGAAACCACAAUUGAUGGUCAAACUGCCGUUGCAAUCUGUCGAAGAUUGACUAGGCCGAAGGACUAUCAUGAAAACACGAAGCAAGGACAGGAAUCGAACAAAGACCGAAUAUGCAUCGACGUUUUAGAGAGAGUGAUGAGAAGGAAUUCAAUCUCUGGGAAUAUCUCAAUGGCAACAGAGCUUGUGGCUGAUGAUUUGCAUGCAAAGCUGGACUACUUUGAAAAUAGAGUGGCAUUUGCACGAUUGUUGUUUCCGGCUGAAGCCAGGCUAGCGAUGGAGAUGGCCGAUGCUCAUUCGACUUCUAUGUACAUCGCCACUGGUCUUUCAAGAUCACGAGGAUCAAAUGGAAAUUUGCGUGAAGUUGACUUGAAUGAAACACCCUCCGUACGAACCAAAAGACUCCAAGCAAGAUUACAGGCCCUUAUUAAAACAGUGGAGAAGGGCAGGCAAUACUUCCCACACUGCUCGGAGGUGCUCAAUAAAUUUUUAGACGACGAGAUAGACAUGCCUGAUGCCUACGUGCUUGAAAAGGGCACUACAGAGGAGCAGUUGAAGAAGAAGAUGCGCUUCAUGGAACUCAAAGAGGAAGUGCAGAAGGCCUUUUCCAAGGACAUGGCUGAAAAUAACAGGUCGGGAUUGUCGUCGUCGUCUUCCUCCUCCUCAUCCCCUAAGGAGGCGGUAACAUUCAAGGGGCGGAAAAGGUUCUGAUCAUUAUAGUAUCUGUGGGGAGCCAUGAGAGUUUGAUCAGUUUUUGUGAAGUUUUAUUUUUUCUUUUUUUUCCUCACAUAGAUUUCGUAAGACCCUAUGUUAUAGCUCUUUUUUUUGUUGGGUAUAAUAUCGACACGAGAAUGUGAUUGAUGACCUUAGAUUGCAAUGUAUAUGUGGAGCUCUAUUUUUAACGUUUAUAUUGAUGCAAAAGCAUUCAAAAUUUUUAGUUUAGAAAACCAUAUAAUACAUGUUGUGGUUUUUCUUUUGUA